AUGGCUUUCAUGACCACUGAUCAGACAGCCCUGCCUUCUUCUUCUUCUUCGCCAACUCGAUGGAAAUAUGAUGUUUUCCUUAGUUUCCAUGGUGAGGACACCCGUAAGAGUUUUACAGCACAUAUGUAUGCUGCUUUGGAACAGAGAGGCAUUUACACCUUUCGGGAUGAUGAAAGACUAGAGCGUGGAAAUUAUAUUUCCCUGGAACUCUUGAAAGCAAUUAAAGAAUCCAAGUAUGCCAUCAUCGUCUUCUCAAUGAACUACGCUUUUUCGAAGUGGUGUUUGAUUGAGCUUGCCAAGAUCGUUGAAUGCAUGAAAGAAAACCGGCUAGCAGUUUUUACGGUCUUCUAUCACGUUGAUCCCUCUCAGGUACGAAAUCAGAAGGGAACUUUUGCCAAAGCCUUUGUUAAACAUGGAAAGGAUCCAGAUAUCGACAUAAAGAGGAUACAAACGUGGAGAGCUGCCUUGGAAGAAGUGGGCAAUAUUGCCGGAUGGCAUCUACAUGAUAGGGAUGAAUCAACAACUAUUAAAGAAAUCGUUGGAAAGAUACUUAGUCAAUUGAAUCGUACAUGCUCGACCGUUUCAGAGGAACUUUUUGGAAUAGACUCCCCAGUUGAUGAGAUGUGGAAGUUACUAAGAAGAAAAUCUGAUGAUGUUCGCUUUGUAGGGAUUUGUGGGAUGGGUGGAAUCGGUAAAACAACACUAGCAGAAGUCGUUUUCAAUAGAAUCAGUAAUCAAUUUCAAGCUACCAGCUUUAUUGGUUGUGUUAGAGAAGAGACUGGAUAUCGGGGUCUAGUUUCUUUACAAAAGCAACUUCUUUCUCAGAUCCUCGAGGAAGAAAAAAUAAAUAUUUGGGAUGUUCGUGGGGGAAUAAAUAUGAUAAAGAACAGACUUUUCAGUAGAAAGGUUCUUAUUGUUCUUGACGAUGUGGAUAAAGAACAACAGCUAGAAGCAUUAGCAGGGAAUCAUGACUGGUUUGGUCCAGGAAGUAGAAUCAUUGUAACAAGUAGAGAUGGGCAUUUGUUAAAAAGACAUGUUGAUGAUAUAUAUAUGGCUACGGGCCUUGGACAUGCGGAUGCUCUGCAGCUCUUUUGUUGGAAAGCCUUCAAGAAACCUUACCCCGAGGAAAAUUACGUGGAUCUAUGCAAGGAGUUUGUGAAAUAUGCUAAUGGACUUCCUUUAGCGCUUAAAGUUUUAGGUUCUUCAUUGUAUGGUAGAGGAAGAAAUGAAUGGGAAAGUGCCCGAGAUAAACUAAAAGCAAAUCCUAAUAGAGAAGUUUUAGACAUUCUUGAAAUAGGUUUCCAUAGCCUUGGGGUUACAGAGAGAAGACUAUUUUUAGAUAUUGCAUGUUUCUUCAAAAGAGAGAUAAAAAAAGAUCUCAUAAUAGAUUUAUUGGAGAGUUCUGGUUAUCCCCCGCACAUUGACAUUGCUAUUCUUGUAGACAAAUCUCUACUUACUGUCUGCGUUGGAAAUAGUUUCUCGAUGCAUGAUUUGCUACAAGAAAUGGGGCAAGAAAUAGUUCGACGUGAAUCUCCUGAAGAGCCUGGCCGACGUAGUAGGUUGUGGCUUCUUGAAGACGCCCUUGAAAUGUUGAGCAAUAAUACUGGAACAAAUGUUGUUGAAGGGAUAGUACUAAACUUACCAUUUCAAAAAGAGGAAAACUUGAAUGCGGAAACCUUCUCAAAGAUGAAAAAGCUGAGAUUACUUAAAAUUCGUUAUGGGCAGCUUCCUGAAGACCUCAGUUAUCUUUCUAACGAGUUACGCCUUUUGGAAUGGUUUGGAUAUCCUUUAAAAUCAUUCCCAAGCACUUUCCAACCUGACAAACUUGUUGAACUUAGAAUGCCUUGCAGUCAAAUCAAACAGCUUUGGAUUAAUGGAACCAAAAGGUUAUGCAAGUUAAAACUCAUUGAUCUGAGUUAUUCUCGAAACUUGGACAAGAUGCCAAACUUUAAUAAGAUCCCAAAUCUUGAGAAGCUAAUUCUUCAAGAAUGUACAAGCCUGCCUUCGGUCCACCAGUCCAUUGGAGUUCUCAGACGGCUUAUUGUAUUGAAUCUUCGAGGUUGCAAGAGUUUUGCCAACCUUCCAGAGAACAUCGGAAGUAUGGAAUGCCUCAAGGAGCUUGAUGCAAGUGAAACUGCUAUAACUCGAAUACCAUCCUCUAUUUCGUUACUGAAGAACCUCCAAAACUUGUCCCUUCACGGAUGUAAAGGUCUGGCACAUAAACCAUGGGAAUCAAUCUUCUCUAGUUGGUUGUUACAAAAGGAAAGCUCGGAUCCCAUAGGCAGAUUGUCGUGGCGUAAUACCUUCUCAAGUUUAAGCUCUUUAAGAUCACUAGACCUAAGUGACUGCAAUAUUUUGGAUGGUGCAAUCCCCGAUGACCUUAGUGGCCUAUCCUCAUUGCAGUCAUUAAAUUUAAGUGGGAACGAAUUUACUAGCUUAACGGAUGGCAUAUGUCAAGUCUCCAAACUUAAAGAAGUUUUCUUCAGAAAUUGUAGAAGGCUUCAAGCAUUGCCAAAGCUUCCAUCGGGUAUAGCGUUUGUAUGGGCUGAAAAUUGUGCCUCGCUGAACAUUUAUUCUGAUCAAAUUUACUUUUGGUGUUCGAGUGAACAAGUUGUGACUCUUUGUUGCUCUAGAAUGCAAUCUGCUGAAGAGGAGUCACUUAGAUCUCUUUUAAGGACAGACCCCGACCGACCGAAUCCAUCGUUGCGUCGAAUCCUUGAGAGUUGUGAUCCCAAUGUAAGAUGUGGCCCUUCGUGGGCUGCUGAAAUCCCAAAGUGGUUCGACAAGCAGAGCACCAGUUCCUCUGUAACAACGCGGAUGCAUCCAACAUCGGACGGUAAUGAGUGGAUGGGAUGUGCUCUGUUUGUUAUUUAUGAAGCCCAUGAGCUUGAGACUUCGAAUUUUAGGAUUUCUGAGAGAAGUGACACUACUUUGGAUUUGAAGGAUGUACACCAGUUUGUUUGUGAUUUUGAGACCAAUGAAGGUCGUCUAAAACAACCAUUGGUUCUUAAUAACCCUAAAGUCCCUUUUGUUGGGCCAACUGGGUUUUGGGUAUAUAUACCAUAUGUGUGGUUUUCGGAACAAUCAAAUAAUCCGCGGAAAAAAGAGAAUAAGAAACGAUCGAAUUAUAAGCCAGAUAGAUGGAGGUACAUUGUGGCUUCAAUUACAACAGGCAGUCCGGGCGUGGAGGUGAAAAAGCUUGGGAUGCGUAUAUUAUAUGAACGUCAUAAAGAUGGUAAAGAGUUUGCUGAAUCUAUAGAUCGAUGCUCUUCAGGGGUUUUUUCUGGAGAACGUUCAACUUUUCGAAAAGUUGCACAAUGUAUGUCGAAUUUGCCUACUCGUCAUGUGGGUGAGGCAGAUCAAUGUGUUUCCAUGACUUGCAUUCCUUGCCCCUUAUCAAAUGAGGAUCAUGGGCUGAAAGGCGUCCUUCUUUCGUUGCUUUUACAAUGCUUUGAGGUAAAACAUGCAAAAAACAAAGUGUACAAAUAUAUUUUUCCUUUAAGAGCAUCACCGCCAUGGUUCAUAGAUCAUCGUUUUGGGCGCUCUAUCAGAAUCCCCCUGCCCGUCAAUUUGUAUGAUGAUAUAAGAUGGAUCGGAUUUGCUGUAUAUGCUUGUUUUGCUGUGAAGGAGAAUACAUCGGUUUCCCAUGACUCAAAAUUAACUUCCCGCAACUUCUCUUGUCUUUUGUCUACGGAUGAUGGCUGCAUUCAAUCUUCUACAAUAUUUCCCCUCACCAGAGACAUCUUUCGUGAGUCACAUCGACUUUUGGUGUUUCACAUACCACGUCUGUCUUUUACCCAUAAGUUGAAUCAACAAAAUGCAAUUCGGGCUUUAUUUGGAACCUCCAGUUCAGAUGUGGAGGCACACGUGUGUGGAAUGAGAGUAGUGUAUGAGCACCAAGUGGAAGGGUUUGUUCAAGCAGUGGUUGACUGCAUCUUAGGUAGUCCGGAGGGAUACCAUCAAGGUUAUAAGCGAAGUCUUGUACAUCAAUUGAACAGUGAUCUGCCAAGAAAUGUUCAUCAGGCUGGAUCUGAAUCUGUAAAUGCAUCUGGAAGAAAAACGUCGAGUACUGGUCAUUCUGAUUACUCUCCCACAUCGCAAAGGCUGAGGAUAUGCACGUCGACUGAAUCAUUGCCAAAGCUUCCAUCAAGUGUUGAACACCUAGCGGACUGCUUUGAUCAUCAGCGAGUUUUCAAUAAUUGUUUUCCACAAAGUGAUAUUCCGAAAAUUUUCUGCAGUGAUCACUCUGGUCCUUUGCUGACAUUCCGGCCAUGCCCAGAUAUAUACAAUAGUUCUGACUGGAGUGGAAUUGCAGUGUGUGCCAUUUUCACAUUCCUCAAGCAUUCCACGCUUGUCCAUAACAGUCUAGGUUUGGAAAUUUCUCGCGGCCUUACUUGUUAUUUUGGAAGCGAUGUAGGUUGGACAAUAUCGAUUCACAAGAACAACACGGAGUCAGAAUUUACCAAAUCUAGUUGGUUAAAUCAAUGUGAAUUCCUUUGGCUAUUGUAUAUACCGCGUGCUUCGAUUCUAGAUAAGCUGAAACCGUGGAAUCUCUUGAAGGCCUUAUUUGUAAGCAAAAGCCAAGGCCUAAUGGUGCAGAAGUGUGGGCAUGCUCUAGUGUACCAGCAAAACGUUGAAGAGUUAGUGCGAAUGAUAACUCACUGCUCAUCCACGUUCUUUCUUUGA